CAACCAUCACCACUGUCUACUUUUAGAAGACAAAUGACAGUUUUUAAUCAGCAUUUUAAGUCUGUCCUGAUUUUUGGCUUUUAUCUUAAAGCUUAAUUUCUUCUUCAGACGCACGUAAGGGUGAGGUUGUAUGGGUUUCACUCUCACAGAUCUGUAACUGUCCCUCAGGAAGCAGGUGGCAUUAGCUCCUCUGAAAACAUGGUGCUGAUUGAUGUGAUGCUUAUGAGAAUAGAUGAAGUUACAGGUAGUUUUAUAUAGCUCACAGUAUCAUUUGAAUAAAUGGAAUAGAUUGAUUUGAAAGAUUCAUUUAAUGUGGCACAAAUAUGGGACUAGGAAGGAAGUAUUCUAAAGAGCUGCCUGGUUUUUUGAAAUAAUAGAAAUCCCAAGUUUAAAGGCAUGUUGUGCCUUGUGCCCACCUGCCACCCUCUCAAAAUAUGUAGGACUUUGGUUUGAGCCAUUUUGUGCCCCUAGUUCCCUCUGGAGGUUAGGUAGGGUAUUUGUUGUUUUCAAAACAUUAGUGGGGUCCAUAGAUGUUGUGAAAAUAGUUUCAGUUAAUCUCUGGGCUCUCCAAAGCUCAAAAUGGUUAAACACCAACUACUGCUUUAACUGGGUUGCUGUAAACAAAGCCCAAAAUGAAACCCCUGUGUAUUUCCUGCAGAUUCCCAGGUGCCUCUCGAGUGAGUGUGGGAAUAAGCUCAGAAAGGGUUUAAUAGGUUUAUUAAGUAAUCAUCCAUAAAAAGGUUCAUGGGCCACUUGUGUGUUGCAUCAGGACAAGUGCCUGCCACUUCACUGCGCUUAGCACCGCCUGGAAGAGGGUGGGCUGUAGGAUUUACAAUCCCUCUCAGAUAUUUAGGCAGAAGAAAUAAUGUCAGGACAAACAUAAGAUCACAGCUACCUAAAGUUCUAUCAGUCAGAAGGCAACAGGCUAUUCUAUUUACGCUGAUGUCUAAGAAGACUGUUCCCAAACUGAAGAGUGGCAUCCCUUGUGGGGACUUGGACUAUUGCUCAGAAGAGAAGAUGUUUGGUUUUCACAAGCCAAAGAUGUACCGGAGUAUAGAGGGCUGCUGUAUUUGCAGAGCUAAGUCCUCCAGUUCUCGAUUCACCGACAGUAAACGCUAUGAAAAGGACUUCCAGAGUUGUUUUGGGUUGCAUGAGACUCGUUCAGGAGACAUCUGCAAUGCCUGUGUCCUGCUUGUCAAAAGAUGGAAGAAAUUGCCAGCAGGAUCAAAAAAAAACUGGAAUCAUGUGGUAGAUGCGAGGGCAGGACCCAGUCUGAAGACUACAUUGAAACCAAAGAAAGUGAAAACUCUGUCUGGAAACAGGAUAAAAAGCAACCAGAUCAGUAAACUGCAGAAGGAAUUUAAACGUCACAAUUCUGAUGCUCAUAGUACCACCUCAAGUGCCUCUCCCGCUCAGUCUCCUUGUUACAGUAACCAGUCAGAUGAUGGCUCAGAUACAGAGAUGGCUUCUGGCUCUAACAGAACACCCGUUUUUUCCUUUUUAGAUCUUACAUACUGGAAAAGACAGAAAAUAUGUUGUGGGAUUAUCUAUAAAGGCCGUUUUGGGGAAGUCCUCAUCGACACACAUCUCUUCAAGCCUUGCUGCAGCAAUAAGAAGGCAGCUGCCGAGAAGCCGGAGGAGCAGGGCCCAGAGCCUCUGCCCAUCUCCACCCAGGAGUGGUGACUGAGGUGUUUGCAGAAGGGGAACCAGAAAACCAUCUACAUUUUGGAAAGGAAACAGAGCAACAAAAUCCUGAUAUUUUUAACCUGGAUUACCUGCUAUUCUGCCAAAAGACAAUUUCUAGAAUAGUUUUGAAUGGGUUAUUUCUCUUCCAGUUCCACAAACUCUGAAGCCAGUGUCUAGCUUACUAAAAGAAAAAAAGUGUACAUAAUAUUUAAGAUGCUGAGUAUUUCAUAGGAAAGCUGAAUGCUGCUGUAAAGUGCUCUUUAAGUCUUUUUUUUUUUUAAUCCCCUUCUAAUGAUUGAAACUAGGGGAAUUUCAGGGGACAGAGAUGGGAUUUGUUGUAUGAUAAACUUACGUAGUUUUAGUCUUUCUAUAUUGAGAAGCAGUGGUUGGGGCAUUUAAAAAAAAAUGGCUGGCUAUACUUGUUUUCCUUCAUGGUAAUAAAUUCGCCAUAACUCGGUAACAUGGACUUGCCCCUAGAGGUAGUUGUUAAUAAUUUUGAAAUAAUAAGGUCUUGCCUAGGUUCUGAUGAUUCAAACCUGUACUACUGAAUAUUAAAAGCAGGACAGACUAAGCUCUCUUGCAAAAACCUUGAAGGAGUAAUUUUUAAACAUACAGAGAGGUAACCUGACUGUAUAUGUUGCAUCCGUGUCACCUCCCUCCGUACUGAUAUUUGAUAAAGACUUUAUAUGAAACUUGUAAAGCAGAAUCAGAGUUCCUCUUGGGGAAGUGUCAAGCCUUCAGGAUGAGCAGUCCUAAGUGAAUAGUACCAAAGCAUCACCACAUGGUAGAGAACACACUAUUAAAAAUGUUAUCUGAGAAACACGGUGUGCAAAUCUUCAGGAUGGCACAAGUGAAAAGGUGAAUGCUUCUUGGGGCACAUUUCUUAGAGGGCUUGUUGAGUGUGUAAAUAAUUGACUCGAUUGUGUUACAUGACCGGUGACUUCAUUGAAAAUCUGCACAAUUCAGUUUUAGUUCUGGAUUACUUCAGUUGACCUUUGUGAAGGUUUUAUCUGUGUAGAGUGGUUGUUUGACUUGUUUUAGCCUAUUAGGGUUUUGGGUUUUUUUUCACUAUAUUAAAGUUUAAUUCUACUAAAAGAAAAGAGGUGUGUGUGAAUGCUGAGUGGGUUGCUUUUGGUUUGGCUUCUUUUAGUCAGGCUUUGUCCUGAUGCUGAGAUACUAGGUCAUAAAUCCUGGUCGCGGAGCUCUGCGAGACUGAAGCCAUCACUAAGAGUCUCUUACUUGAACCCAAACCAGAGCGCCCUCAUUGCCUCUUUUCGAAAAGUUCAGGAACAGUAUAUAUACCCCCAUUCAGAUUUCAUGAGGGAGGAUCAGCCUGCCUUACAAUAACGUGACUCAAUGCUUAUUUUUGAAACUGGAUUUAAAAAAUUGGAUGGUAUAAAUAAUGAGUGAGCCACUUUUUAUGGGCACCCUGUAGUUUUAUAGUUCUUAAUCUGAAACUUAAAAUUUUAUAUUUUCUUCCUUUUGGAAAAAACUACAAGCCACCAUAUGCACAGACUACACAGUGAGUCGGGCCGGCUCUCCCACAGCCGUUGAGGUGUAUUCCAAGAGUCCCAGCCAUUACCAUCUUCCUCCUGAGUUCUUUUGAAAAGGUUUUUAAAUUUUUUUUGUACAUUUUGGCUGCAGUAUUGGUGGUAGAAUAUACUAUAAUAUGGAUCAUCUCUACUUCUGUAUUUAUUUAUUUAUUACUAGACCUCAACCACAGUCUUUUUCCCCUUCCACCUCUCUCUGCCUGUAGGAUGUACUGUAUGUAGUCAUGCACUUUGUAUUAAUAUAUUAGAAAUCUACAAAUCUGUUUUGUACUUUUUAUACUGUUGGAUACUUAUAAUCAAAACUUUUACUAGGGUAUUGAAUAAAUUUAGUCUUAUUAGAAAAUAAAA